AUGAGCUCAGCAUCACAGCAACACGGCAACAAGGCUGCUCGGACGGCUCAGCAGCAACUGCGGCUCCGCGGCACCAGCGGCUCGGCUCUUCAGGCGGCUCGGGCGGCUCGGGCGGCUCGGGCGGGUCGGGCGGGUCGGGCGGCUCGCGUGGCUCGGCUCCUCAGCGGCUCAGGCGGCUCGGGCGGCUCGGGCGGGUUGGGCGGCUUGGGCGGCUCGGGCGGCUCGGGCGGCUCGGGCGGCGCGGGCGGUGUAGGGCGGUAG